AUGUACUUGUUAGGUCGACACUUUAUAUUACGAACGGACGCUAAAGGAGUAACGUUCAUCUUGAAUCGUUCUCGAGAGGAUUCUAAGAGGGCACUCACCCGGGCAGACGGAUGGGCCCUGCGGCUCAGCCCUUACAGUUACACAGUGGAAUAUGUAGAGGGAAAGUUCAACAUAGCGGAUCCGUCAUCUCGUUUGUAUUCAGGAAUCGAUGAUCCUUUUGAUGAGACAAAUAGUCCGUGGGAAAUAGGAAAAAUAGAUGCCGUCGCAGAAAUUUUUUUAUCAGAAGACUGCAUAAGGCAGGCUACAGAAGAUGAUGUAAUUCUUUCCCAAGUACUUGAAGCGCUCACUUCCGGUGAAUGGUCGCGCGAAUUGCGUCGAUACGAAUUGGUUUCAAAGGACCUGUACGUCAGAAACGGUAUUAUCAUCAAACAGGGAUGUGCAGUUAUUCCAACAUCGCUUCGCCAGAAAACGUUGGAAACUGCACACAAAGGUCACCCAAUGGCAGCUAAGCUCAAAAGCAUACUUCGCGAGCGUGUAUGGUGGCCAGGAAUGCCCAAGGAUGCAGCGGACUGGGUGAAGGCUUGCGAAGUAUGCGCCACAAACGGAAUACCGGAAAAGGCAACCCCGAUGGAACGCAUUCUAGCCCCGGAAACAAUAUGGCAAACCAUCGCUCUGGACUUCAACGGACCAUAUUCAAGAUUUGGUGGAAUCCAUAUGUUCGUAAUGGUUUUAGAGAAUAUUUUUAAUAAUGAGAGAUUCCCAGUUAACAUCAAGACCGAGAAUGGCCCACCCUUCAACGGAGAGGAUUUCAAGAACGACUGUUCUGAGCGCGGCAUAACGCAUGUGUUAUCUACACCAUUAUUUCCCAAGCAAAAUGGCCUGGUAGAGAACUCAAUGAAACUGAUAAAUAAAGCUAUGGCAACAGCAGCAUAUCAGCAUGAACACAAUUUCAAUGACGAACAGCAAUCAGCUAUCAGAGCCCACAACUCAGCAGCCCAUUCCAUAACCAAAGUUCCUCCAGAAGAAUUAAUGUUCGGGCGGAAAAUAAGGCGGUGGCUUCCUCUUCUCAACCCUGGUAAAGUAAAUCAUAAUGAUGAACACAUCAAUAUAAGAGAUCGCGAGUCCAAGAUAAAAGGGAAGCAAAACGAAGAUCGGCGCCGUGGGGCAAAACAGUGCAAAAUUGUCCCGGGGGAUACCGUCAUCGUAGAAAGACAAACGCGCUCCAAAGGAGACAGCAGAUUCGACCCAAAGAAAUACAUAGUCACUGAACAGAAAAAGGGAAAUCUCGUGUUAACGGGAAGUGAUGGACAACAGUUAAGAAGGCACGUGUCACAAACAAAGCUAGUUCACGAAUGGCGAAAUCCGAACUACAAACAUGUCAGCCAGGAACAGGCUACAAAACGACAGACCAGAGAAAAGAAGUUACCAGCCUACUUGGAAGAUUAUGUGCGUCUAAUAGAAAUUGAGAAAUCUUCACGGGACACUUUGAAG